UGGACGCUCACACUUAAUGACUCACAGCUUCUGCGGAUCUACCUGACAUCGUACUUGACCUACUGAGAAAAGCCUCGACUACUUGAGAAGGCCGCGGAAGCGCGAUGGUUGAAGUCGUUACGUUUGUUAUUCGAGCAGCAUGGGAAGAGCGACCCCACCAUGGCAUCUCAGCAGCGGUUUGUUUGGCUGCUGGUAUCCCUGAAAUAUCCGAGGAUAAAAAAUGGCGUCUGGAACUAACAGCACAUCGAUAGUGGAUAUACCUAGCUUGAUCUACAAUCAAGCUGAGUAUCUAUUCAAGCUGCCUGGGGGAUACGCCCGACCAUUCAAAUGGUCGGGCGGAUAGACCCAACCGUUCGAUGGGUCUAGAAGACAUCUCGGGGAGUUCCUGACUGACGCUCUGCCAGUGAAGCUGAUCGGGAUGAACUGCGACAUGAUGAAGCGAUACAUCGAGUUCGUGGCCGACCGGCUGCUGCUGGAGCUCGGCUUCUCUAAGGUGUACCUGUCCGAGAACCCGUUCGACUUCAUGGAGAACAUUUCUCUGGAGGGGAAGACCAACUUCUUUGAGAAGCGGGUCGGGGAGUACCAGAGGAUGGGCGUCAUGUCGGGUCCCACCGACAACACCUUCAGGCUGGACGCCGACCUCUGACCUCUGACCCAGUGAAUGCUUGGAUACUAAUGAGCUGCUAAUUUAUGCACAGUUCGUACAUUGGGUUGUUUAGGUAUUUUAUAAAAAUUGAAAGCACUUU